UGGUCUUCGUUUUUUGUGUCCCGAGCGCCUGGUGCUGGAGAACUGGAGCCAGCGUACGAACAGACCCGGAUAGGAUGCGGAGCGGGGGCGUCCUGAGUGUGCAGGGGACCCGACUUGGACUUUGCAGGAAGGCCUCGCAGUGGCCCAUCUGAAGCUGCUGCCGGGAGCCAGAGCUGCGGCGUCUGCCUAGAGCCACACACAAGGCAUGUGGCCCUUCCUGGUGAGACUUGAAUGUAUCCUGUUCCUGGCUUCAGCCUUUUCAGUGAUAACUCAGCUCAGCCAUGGCCUGUCAUCCAGGAUUAAUCAAACUCACCUGCUCCCCUCCUACCUGACAAAUCGCAAGUUGGGUCUACGAGUCCAGGGUUCAAACUUCACACUAGGAGGCUUUCCAUUCCUGAUCAUCGCAGGCACUAUCCACUAUUUCCGGGUGCCCAAGGAGUAUUGGAGAGACCGUUUGCUGAAGAUGAAGGCAGGUGGCUUCAAUACCCUCAUCACGCAUGUUCCCUGGAACCUUCAUGAGCCAAAAAUAGGCCAGUUUCGUUUCACUGGAAACCUGGAUGUGAUGGCUUUUAUAACCAUGGCUUCACAGUUGGGACUCUGGGUCAUUCUGUGUCCAGGACCCUACAUUGGUAGUGACUUAGACCUUGGAGGCUUGCCCAGCUGGUUACUCAGGGAUCCAAACAUGAAGCUGCGGACAACUUAUAAGGGCUUCACUAAAGCAGUGAAUGUCUAUUUUGAUCAUCUGAUUCCCAGGAUAUUGCCAUUGCAGUAUAACCGGGGAGGCCCCAUCAUUGCUAUGCAAGUUGAGAAUGAAUAUGGUUCAUAUUAUCUGGAUAAAAAAUACAUGCCAUAUGUCAAAAAGGCUCUGGAGAAAAGAAAGGUCAACGUGCUGCUCAUGACUGCUGAUAAUGGACUAACACUGGAAAAAGGCCACAUAAAAAAUGUGCUGAUCACUGUCCACAUGAAGAAUGUAAAGAAAGAAACUUAUAAAGAACUCUCUUCAAUUCAGGGUCGUAGCCCUAUAAUGAUGACGGUAUACACAGUGACCUCUUUUGACUCAUGGGGUGUUGCCCACCACAGUCUAGAUGGACCUGUGCUACUCAAGGACGUGCGUGAAAUGUUCAAGCGUAGGUUCUCCUUCAACUUCUAUAUGUUCCAUGGUGGUACCAACUUUGGCUUCAUGGGUGGAGCUCAACAUUUGAAUGUUUACUACCCUGUUGUCACCAGUUAUGAGUAUGGGGCACUGCUGAGAGAGAAUGGAGACUACACACCUGAGUAUACCACAUUUCAAGAGUUUUUUCAUUCUGUUAUAGUAGCUCCCAUGCCCCUCCCACUAGAUUACAUACCAAAGAAUGCCUAUAUGUCAGUGACACUGUUAUACUUCAUGACACUGUGGAGCAUGCUGCCCUACCUGGACUUGCCAACCAAGUCUGUCAAGCCACUCACCAUGGAACAGCUAUCUGUGAAUGAAGGGAGUGGUCAAUCCUAUGGGUACAUUCUUUAUGAGACCUUCAUUUCCUCUGAUGGCAUCCUUACCUCAAAGGGUCAUGUUCAAGAUCGGGGCCAGGUGUUUUUAGAUGACAAGCACAUGGGAAUCCUGGAUCAUUCCCAAGAUCAGCUGAUUCUUCAGAAACACGACCACAAGGAAUACCACAUUCUAAGGAUCCUGGUAGAGAAUCAAGGCCGACUUGCCUCUGGGAAGAACAUGAACCAGGAGAGAAAAGGUUUAACUGGGGAUAUUUAUCUGAACAAUUCUCCACUAAGAAAAUUUACAAUAUAUAGCCUGGAGAUGAAAAGUAUAUUCAUGACAAAGAAACUCCCAAACAUCUGGAAGCCAAUCACAGAGAAAGUUAAGGGCCCUGCCUUCUUCCUUGGUUACCUGAAAAUCGCUGAUAAUCCCAAAGACACCUUCAUACAACUGGAGGGAUGGAAGAAAGGAGUAGUAUUUAUCAAUGGACAAAACCUAGGACGCUACUGGAGUAUAGGACCCCAGGGAACUCUCUACCUUCCAGGACCCUGGCUCCAUCCUGGAACAAAUGAGAUUAUCUUGUUUGAAGAAUUGGAAAGUGGCACAGACGUUCAGUUCAAAAUGAACCCUAUUUUAGGAUAUUGAGUCAUCAGUGGUGUGUAGGAAAUGUACUGAGCUGUCAUGUUAUCUGUGGUACUGUGAGUAACCCAUCAAUCCUGGCACUUUGGUCACCACAACCAUCCUGGUUUCUCCAUUCAGCUCCAACUCUGCCUGGAGACCACCAUCCACUUCCUGAUCUGCCAGCACACCACUCUUCUGGCUUAAGUUAUCUCACCUGUUUCUCAUGUUCACUAUAAAAUAAGCUUACCCAGUACACACCAUUUGUCAUGCUGCCACCAUAAAAGCUGUGUGACCAUCAAAUAAAAUGUUGAAAAAAAUGAGAACAUACUCAGAAUACUUGAUCUCAUAAAUGUGAAUUGAAAGCAGAAGUGAUCUUUCCAAGAAGUCAAAUAAAAUAUACAGAUGAAUG